AUGUAUCCCCCAGUGGCUGCAGACCCAAGGAACAUGCACAGGAUCAUUGCAAAAGAUCCAGAGUGGUCCCUUGCAGUAAUGCCCGUUUUAUCCAACCUCUGCCUGCAACACAUAGUGAGAAACUUUGAAGAGAAGCCCAUCCUCCCCAGCCACAAAGACUACGUCCUGGAGAGGCUCUCUUCCUCCCUGCCCCUGCAGUCGAGGCACCUGGAGAACAUCAUCGAGCUCUUCAUCCUCGACGUGACCGACCCUAAGAUGGUGCUGGGCAUGGUGCCUCUGUGCCGGAACUACGUGAAGAGGCUGGAUGUCUCACAGCUGCUGCCGCCCAUUAAGGAGCUCCAGAAGUCUGAAGAGGACGACAGCCCGGACUCAGCCAGCGACAUGGGCAUGGACGGGCCAUCCAUGGACCACUUUGACUUUGGCAUCCUGCUGGACAAGCUGAGCCACCUGGAGGAGCUGCAUGUGGUCUACCGGGUCAAGGGCUGUUGCACAAAGUUUGAGAGGAACCUCUGAGUUCAUCUUCCGCGUCUGCGAGUCGCUGGCCAAGGUGCACCAAAGCAAAGUGGACGACGAGAAGUGUCGUCAGCUGGUGAACAACCUCCUGGACCACCCGUCCCUCAGGUAGCUCAACCUCCCCCACAAACUCAUUGGGGACCGGGGU